AUGGGCACUAGAAAUGCAAAAACAGGAGGUAAAGAAAAAGCAAAGAAGGGCCAUCCAAGGGCGAGGGAAAAUAUAAUGAUGUAUACCUCGAUGGCUGGUUUUCUUUCUUUUUUUUCCCCUUCCUCUUUUAUGGGUAUCCAGCAGCAAUGUCAUACUAUCAUCACCCUAUGGAUACUGCUAAGUAUGAUGCUCUUCCGCCUCUCAGGCCAAGGUGCAGGGACAGUUUUACUUACAGGGAGCUUUUUAAGGCUUGGAAACGAUCAGCAGUGGAGAGUUAUUCCUUGCUUUUUCCUGCUUCUUCUUCUUCUUCGUCUUUCUUUUUUUGCAAAUGAUGAUGGUUUGGCCGGGAUAUUUGCAAAGCGUUCUCCAGAUAUAAGUAAGACCCGGCCCACCAGCCCAGGGCCCAGCAGGUGUAAGGAUUGCGAUGUGGAUGUGCUGGAUGCCGCGAAGGUUCACCUCUGUCUGCUUGUCUGCUACCCUUCCGCUCCUCUGCUGUCCUCCCACCCCCCCUUCUCCCUCUGCCAGGGCCAAUCAAGGGCAUCGGAGACCCAGAAGCGAGGAACGACAAGGGGAAAAAGAAAGCAGGCCGAAAGAAGCGCAGUCGAAGCACUUGCUGGAGCAACAGUAAAGAGUGUAUAA